AUUAUAAUUUUCACACCUUGGAUUUUAAGUCAGAGUCUUAGAGUGUCUCUUGAUUUCCAGUCUCAGUCUACAAACCAACCCGAUGACCCUCAAAGUAAAGCUACUUCUGCCUUUUAUUCUACUCGUAUUGCCCGAAAAAAUCCAUUCCUUGAUAGGAGGUGAGCCGGUUAUGCGUCAAGACUACGGAUAUGUUGUACAGAUCCACGAUGAGAAUUUCUUGGCAGUCGGGACACUCUUUACAGCCCGCUAUGUUCUGACAGUCGCCCACUGUUUUCCCGGAAAAGUAAAGCCGGAAAAACUAACGAUAAUCGCCGGGCAGAACAAGUUAUCGGACAAGAACAAGGGGCUAUCGGUGGCUGCGAUACAUCGGCAUCCGAACUUCUCAUCCCUAACGUUACGCAACGAUAUUACCGUUCUGAGAGUCAAGACUCCCAUACAAUAUAAUCGAUUCAUUAGCUAUAUGUCCUUGUGCUCCAAGCCACUGCCCUUGGACAAGAAUGGCACCGAAGUCCUGCUUGUGGGCUGGAAUGUUUUAAACCUAUCGGAACCAUUGAAAUCGAUUCAUAUCGAUAUCGAUAAUCAGAACCAGUGUCGAUCGAAGUUCCCACAACUACCGGCAGGUGUGUCGUGUGCCGUUUCUACGGAAAAGGAGGGAAUCUGUCACGGCGAUUCGGGGAGUCCCCUCUUGAUUGAUGAAGAAGUGUGCGGGAUGGUGAGCGGGUUUCGAAGUUGCAACAAUCCCCGACACCCGGGCCUCUUCACCGAUGUCCAUUUCCAUCGCCAGUUCAUCGCCCGCGCCAUUCUCCAGAUGGACAAGGACAUGUUAGAACAGAAUUCAUCGAAGCAAAAGACUCACCUGCAAGGAUACAAAAAAGGACGGGAAAUUCCAAUUAAAGUUCAAUAAAAAAUAAAAGCAACGAUAUAAAGAUGCUUUUUUCAUAUCAGUAGAUGGUUUAUAGGGUAAGGAAGGGGAUUGAUGGAGAUUUUUAUCGAUUUUACCGAUAACAUAUCGAUUACUUAUUUUAAAAUAAUUAAAAGAAAAAUCCUGCUAA